AUGAUUCACUCAGUAAGUUUUAUUUUUAGAUGUUAUUUCUUUCAAGCCACUCUAAUUUCGACUGCCUUUGAAGCAAAAUUUAUAUUGUACUUGAUAUUAACGUCAAAAAUUUUGAUCUCAGGAGUCGCGCACCAGAUCUCCAAGUCCGUCCUUCCGUCUAUGGCUGAGUGCAGAGCCAGACAACCAAUUCCCAGCGGUUCCAUUGCAAGACGCACUCAAGAUUGCGUACGAGACGCCUCCGGGAAUCAAACACAAUAUUAGCGGGACUUUGAAACAAUGGAUUGACGUGGAAGGAAAUAGUGGGAAAUCGGAGUUGGAACUGAAGACUCAAUUCUUGUUGGCGUGGUUCCACGCUAUCAUCUAAGAAAGAAGAACGUAUAUUCCACAGGUAAAGUUGUGUUAUCCAUGAUAAGAUUUUCUUGAAAUUUAGGGAUGGCUAAAGUUUUACGAGUUCAAUUCGAACGACUUGAGAGUUGCCAGACAGGUCCUUGAUGCGAUGGGUUCAAAGAAUGGUGAGUUCUUUGCGUACUUUUUAGUUUUUUGUUGUUUAGGUUAUAAUUGGGAAUCGAUUCGCGGCUUUAUGGAAGAUGCGAUAUAUGGGGGAAUAAUCGAGAAUCAACUCGACAUUGGAGUACUGUCAUCUUACUUGGACAAGUUUUUGAGCCAAAAAAUGGUGACGAGUAGAGAUGGGGAACUGGAUUCAAAUCUUAGAAUGCCCGAGGCUAAAUCAAUGAACGAGUGGCUGGAUUUCGUCAAGAAUAAGGUGAGGAAUGCCAUACCUUUUCCGGCCGACAGCCUUACUAAAUGCCCUUAGGCAAUGUAGUGCAAGGUGGGUGGAAAAUCGAGGAAAUUAUGGGGAUUACGGCAGUUUUUGGGCCGUUUCUGGAGUGGGAAGUGUUGUAAAUUUGAAGAAGAGAGUUUUUUAGUUGAGCUAGAGCGGUUACGGUAGUUUUAAAAUAACAAGAUUGAUUUUUUUUGUUGAUUUACUACUACGAUAUAAAUUUUUUUUUCAGACACCUAAAUGUUGGCGUGAACAGACUCCAAUUCGUCACUAG